UCUACCAUGCUAUUUUCCUGCGCCAAAAUAAAUAUGGCGAAAAAAAGUCAAAACGUGUGUUUACUAUCUUCCUUUCAAGAAAAAGAAAAAAUAGAAUAUGCAAAGAUUAUCAAAAGCUUACCAGGCGCUGUCUUUGUGGAUUCGUCGUUUUAUCAACCAAAUUGCAAUGUGAUCAUUUGUAAAUUUCCCAGUAGAGGAGAAAAAUAUUUAUGUGGAAGUGCUGCAGGAAAGAAUAUACUUUGCCCGAAUUAUGUUGAAGACUGCCUUGAAGCUAGAACUUGGUUACCCUUUGAUGCAUAUGAAUGGUGCAAUCAAGAAGUUCAACCAGGAAUCGAUGAAAAGAUUUUAAGUUUACCAAAACGAUGCAGAGAAUUUAUUAAGAGAAACAACGGGCAGUUAAUAUUCAGCAAUUGGAAGGUUCUGCUCCAUAUUGCAGAGAAACCCAAAAGAAAUGCUUAUAAAAGAUUGCUUGAAUCAGGUGGUGCAAAAAUUAUCAAUGCAAAUCCACCAUUUCUUAUAAACAUCAAGUAUAAAAUAACGCAUGUGUUUGUGACAAAAGAACUGUCAAAAGAUUUUAAAAUUUUGAAUCGUGAUAAGUUUGAGAAUGUAUUUUAUCCAGAAUACAUUGCAGAAUACUUGAUUCAGCUAAAACCACCACCUGUGAAGAAAUUCCAAUGUUUUAGUACUGACAUUAAAGUCAAGAACCAAAUCAAGAAUAAAGUACAAUCACCAAGAAAACCAUCAAUACCACCACACAAAGCACGCGGUCAGAAAACCAUUGUGGAAAUGUUUAAUCGUAAGCGUAAGAGUGUUGAAAAUAGUCCAUCACCGAAACGCAUAUGCGAUCAAAACAUAUCUACUCCUAUCGUAAAAACAUCCAUAAGAACAGACACAGAAACGCCAACUUUCUUUGAAUCUGGGGUAAAAAUGAAGCAAAGAAUCACAAACAAUUCAACUCCUGGUAUUAGUCCAAUACCAGGUCAAAGUAUGAUGAACGCUGUUGUAAUAUGUUCUGAUAUUAGAAAGAAACCUUCAGAAAAAAAUCUCCACAAACAAGUGUUAUUAUCAAAUAAAAAAAAAAUGGAAAUUAUAGACUUGUUGAGUGAUGACGAAGGAAAUUCAUCAACAAAUAAUUUAAAAAAGUUUAUACCAAAUGUGUCAGUCUGUGGCUCUACUAUACUUAUUGACUCAGCUGUCUCAUCUGGAAACUCAGUUAACAUUGUUGAUAUGGAAGACACUAACAAUCUGGACCUAAAUGCCUCAGGGUCUUUACAAUUGAGCGCUUCUUCUGUUACUAAAGUAAAAACCUUGCCAUCAACCCUUAAACAAGUUAAAGUUGAAAAAGAUCAUGUAGUUAAGGCCCUAGAUUUUACAAACACCGAAACUUCUCUUAGCGAUAGUGAAUUACUUCCGCAUUUGGACUGUUUCUUGAUGAAGAACACAUCAGUUAAGUCAGUUUCCUUGAGAAGUUCUAAAAAAUUUAUUCAAGAAACAGCUUCAGACAAGCAGCAUACACCACCAACAACAAAUGGAGAUUCUGAUGUUGUCUCAUGCAGACGUGCAAAAAAAAGCUUCAAUGAGUGCAAUAUUUCACAAGAAAUUUUAUCACCUUCAAAAGGAAACGAAGCUAAUAUAAGUAGUAGGGGAAGGCUUCGAAUAGCAAAGAGAUAUUCUGAUUGUGUCAUGACAAGUAAAAAAAAAGUUAUCAGAGUUAACAAAUCUGACAGUUCCUUGCUCUUAAAGAAAACAGAAAAUGAUUCUUUGAAGAAUACUCAAUCUGAAAAAUUGUUUAAUACUGAAGAAUUGAAACGGAACAAAACAAACACCAGUCAAUUAAAAAUUAAAAAAACUGAAACUAAAAAAAGUAUUAUUAAAGUAAUAGAUUCGCCUUCCCCACAAAGUCAUAUGAUGAUAAAAAAUAGAUCCUCACCAAGACUUUUAAUAAAUGGAAGUUUAAAAGAACUUGGAAAAGUCAAUUCACUUUAUCAUUCUCCAACUUCACAGAGUGACCGGAUAGUGUUCAAAGGGUCCUCACCAAACAUUUCAAAAAGUAGAAGCAGUGAGAACACAAGUCUCCAUUCACCCACUCAUAAACGUGUUAUAAUAAAAUAUCCAAUUGGGGUGCCAUUUAAUUUCCCAAUUAAUAACUUGAAAUGCCAAGAAAAAGCUCCCAAAAGAAGUUCUAAGUUUAUCAAAAGAAUGACGUUUUCCCGCAGAAUGGAGAACACAAUAGAAUCAAGUAUUGACGACAAGAACUUUAAAGCGGCUUUUGAUGUCAUUAAAGAUAACGCGUCAUCAUUUUACUAUCCUUCGCCAAAAAUAAUAGCAUUGCUGCUUAAAGCCAUCACUGCUGAAAGACUGUUACGUAAAGGAUCUGAAUACGUCACGCUUCUUCAAAACGUAUGUUUAUUGCACCCAACAAUGAAAAUAUCCAGUUGUUAUAAUCAAGCUCUUGAGAUGCCUGUAGAACAAAAAGAUGGCAGCUUGAUAGCAACAUGUUCUUCUUGGGAAUAUUUUAUGCAAUUAGUUAAUAAUAUCUCAAACACAUUGGAUGAUGAUGAACGGGACGAUGACGACAAGUGGAGAUUCGCAACUCUCAACUUGAUGGUAGUGAACUAUUUGGUUUUGUUACUAGAGAUGGAAUUAAAAACACUGGAAACGUUAGGUGAGUCUGUUCAGAGUGUUGAAGUACUUCGAAAAAGUUUGUUAUGGCAAUUGAUUUGGAAAAGUGCUCAUGAUUGUUGUGUUAGCAGCAGUGUGAAAGAACUUGUCCACUAUGCUGUUAAUUUGGCGGUCAAAGCAUCAUCACCAGAGAGUUUGCAACUGUGCCAGCUUCUAAUAACGUUAAUAUCACAAAUAUCGCGAUGCAUGAUGUUAAAAUCCAAGCUGCAAGGCGCCUCGGCUUUUUCUCUUAACUGUUCCAAUAUGGUGUCCCUCAUCGAAGCAAAAUGUACAGAGUUAUUCGCAGAUGAUGUGUCACUAUCAACGAAAACAUGUUUCAUUGGUCAACUGCAACCAAGUUGGCUAUCAUAUCGAAUACUUGAUUGGAUUCUGUCGAAAUAUAAUCAAUGUUUUAUCAAAGGGAAACAUAAGCAGUUGUUAAAAAAACCUUUAUCUAUGAAUAAAAUUAUAUAUUGUUAUUUUUUCCUGUGUCCAAAAUCUGAGGUUAAAGUUUUCAACAAGAUUGAUACAACACCACUUAAAGAUAUCAAAAAUAAUGUUAACAGCUUGUCAUCACCGCGAAAAUCAAUCGGAUCCAUUUUUAGAAAAAACGCAAAAGGUGAGACACCUUUACAAAUUGCAUGCAUUAAAAACAACGCUUCUAAGGUAAAAGAACUACUGGCAUUAGGAGCGGAUCCGAAUUCGAAAGAUAAUGCGGGUUGGACUCCUCUUCAUGAAGCUUGUAAUUUUGGUCACCUGAAAUGUGUAGAAGAGUUGCUAAACUCAAAAGAUUUGAAUCUAUAUGUAACCAGUCCUGAAGGAAUAACAGCGCUUCACGAUGCAGUAGAGAACGAUCACAUCAAAGUAGUGGAGGCUCUGUUGCGAAGAGGCGGUCGCAAGUUGAUGACUAUGAAAACAGAAAACAACAAAAGCGCUUUUGAUUUUAUUCAUUCCCCAACCAUGAUGAAACUUUUUGAAAAAUACAAAAGCCAUGAAGGAGAAAAUGUCUCGAACUCUACGAAGGAGUAUUUGGAUAGCAGUAUUUACGAAAAAAUUGGUAAGGUAUCACUGACAUCGAUGGAAGAAUAUCUCUACAUGUUGCUCAUGAUUAUACGUUCCUUGACAUCUACGGAGGAGUGUAUUAUGGAUGAAGAAGUGUUAAGAACUCAAUGGCGUCUUUUUAAAGAGCAUAUUAAUCACUUGAACACACACACUUCACUAAAAGUAAAGAUUUACGUGAAAAACAUUGAAAACGCGUUGGGUGUAAGCUAGCUUGCAUCUACUAUUUAAAACUGGUUUUAAUUCUAAUUUUUGGGUGUUCGAACAACCUUGCAGGAAGAACUGAUUGGACAGUGAUGAAAGGUUUUUUCCCACCAGCCCUUCGUUAUCCUUGUCCUUCACAUCCUCUCUCUAUUGUACGUAAGCUUUUUCUGCCCAAUUUUCCAACUACUCUAUAGUCUACUAUAUAUUACGUUCAUGUUAGUAGUGCGAUUUUCGUUCUCUCAUUCUCAUAAAAACAUCUAGGAAAUAACGCCCUCGCAUAAACACCAUCCACCCCCCACAACCUUAUUUCAGCUUCAAUUGAGAAAAUGUUUAUACAACGAUGUUCUUACGGAACGAAUAGUGAGCAAAUUUUUUGAUUUUUCAACACUUGUGUGUAACAAUAAGGGCAAAAACUUCCCUUGGAGUUGCAGAGUUUUUGAUUUUGUUUUGUUAUUUUUAAAUAAACGCCAAUGUCACAAACGCCCAUUUGUCUGAUCUCGAAAAAGAUUUUUUAUCCGAUGUAGAGUUUUCAGAAGAACGCUUCAUUGAGUGUAUGCAUUAUAGAUUGUAGAUUUGACACUAUUUUUGUUUAGCACGACAUGAAGUUGGAACUGGGGUGAUUUUAUAUGUACAUAUCUUAAUAUUUGGUUUUUAUUUUUUCGGUAUGUAUUUUACAACAUUUGGUAGAUUUAUUGAUUUUUGUGUAACAUUUGAAGGAAUCAAUCAAAAAAGUAGAAAGCAUUCCUGCUUUUGUAAUCAAUUGAGA